AUGAGUAAAUUAUCCGCCAAUACCCUCUAUGAACUCUUCCACUCCGACCAUCUCCUCUCCUCCACUGGCGACCCCGUCCUCCGCUCUCAACCCGACGACACCCAACCCACUAGCAAAUGGAACUUCAUCUUUGCCAAUCCCGUGCCCAACCCUAUCUUCAAAGGCUGGGAUGCCUACAAUAUCACUCCCGAUGGUGACCCUGUCGAAAACUUCUUUUAUCGACUUUCCACUGUCCCUGACCACCUCCCCCAGAGCUACUAUCGUGUCCGGGCACACCAUGCGUGCUACUUGCUAGAGCAGGAACUUCAUAUAACAGGGUCAGAUGACCCUGAUGCGAGGUUUAUUUUGGAUGCGGUCGUUAAGGGUACUGAGAUCUUGCCAGAAGCGCUACAGCCUUUGGUCGCACAAUAUCUGCGGAUUAUGAGGUGGUGUGUUGAGGGGAAGCGAGAUGAGAGGAAGCCGUUUGGGGAGGAUUGGAAGGGCUUGAAGGAUGACAAGCUAUCAAAGGAGUACCUUCCUGCAGCAGAAGACCACUCAAAAUGCGUGAAGUGUGGGAAGAGCGCGGAACUGAAAUGCACUGGGUGCAUUGUGAAGACUGGGGACAAGGUCACUCUAGCUACAUUCUACUGCAGCAGGGAGUGUCAGAAAAAGCAUUGGCCUCAUCACAAGUCCGACUGUAAAGAGCAGAAAGAGAUUAUGCGCGCGAUGUCGAUCUUUCAGCCUAUCUUUGAGCAUAUCAUUUUAAUGAUUAUGCAUGUGGUCGGGGGAAAGACAACAGUCAAAGAGCAGAACGGGAUUUGGAUGAUUGAGAAGGAAUGUGACGAGGUUCUGAACAAGGAUGACACGCAGUGGGAAACCUUUGUUAAGAAACGAGCGCCCAACCCUGAUGUGGCUAAGGCGGUGCUCAUGACGAUGCAGUCUUGGAGGUUAGUGACACUGGAGUCGGCUAAAUUUCUAGUUGAGCUGUUACUGACACCUGUCUGCAAAAGCCUCUCUCAUGCUGACUGUGAAGUCAAAAAUGCCCACCACGUCACCUACACCCCACGGCAAGGCAUGAUUGGCUUCAUGUCGCUUGACAGUCACAGCAUUUUGGUCGCGACCCUUUCGUCAGGCAAAGCACUCGCCCUUGACCCUGCUGGCAUGUGCUUUGGCUGGAAGGAGACGAUCUCCGAUUGGGAGCAUUACAAGAAGCAUCGCGUCUUUGCCCUAAGAGAGAUUAAACCCCUCGAGCCUGUCACACUAGAGCACGAGUUAUCCCAUCUGUCGAAGGGGACACAAACGAUCAAAGAAAAUGCGUGGAAGCAUUUUGUGCAGUAUACAAUCCUCGCCCUUCAGAAGCACAUUCUUGAAAAGUUUUCCAGUGUUAAUGAGCUUUACAUGCUGCAAGAUGAGAAGCAGUUUACUGCUAUCUGUGAUUCAUUGGUUGACACAGCAAAUCAAGGCCUCACAACACUGGUGAAGCAUGUUGGACUGAACGGAGCGAUGGUUGUGAUGGCAGAUAAGGACAAAGAGGAUCUGGUUGCCAAGAUUUGGUGGUGUGCUAAGGACAAGGUGGAGAGGGCCGAGAAGAAAGAGGUAAGGGAGGAGUGGGCAAAGUUGUGGGCGGAGACAUCGGGGGUCAAGUCUCCUUAG